UGUCAUUCUACCCACUUUGUUACGUACGGCACAGAGACAUGGAUGGCCAAGUCUAACAAUAUCAGACGUCUAGAUUCAUUUCAUAAUCAAUGUAUUCGGACCAUUCUCAGUGUCACCAGACAUCAACAAUGGCAGGAGCAUAUUACAUCAAGACAGCUAUCAUCAAAGUUUGGCACGAGCGAACGAAUUUCUGAUGUUUGAAUGUUCCAUCGGUUACGUUGGCUAGGGCAUAUGCAUGUUGCCCGUAUGGACUCCACUCGUGCUCCUAAGCAAAUUCUUUGUAGAGAUUGAGCUAUACCCUCUAAAAUGUCGUGCCAUGGUGCUAAAAAAAGGAUGGAGGGAUGCAGUGUCAAAUGACUUGAAAACCAUGAAUGUGUUCGAGGCAUGAGGGCGGGGUAAAGGUCUGUCUACGCAAGACUAGGACUGUCUAUACUAUAACAUAGUGGAUUAGAGUACAAGUCACUGCUGUUGCACUUUUGCAUACAAGAGGUCGUAGAAUUAUUAUUGUUUGAUCAUGUAUGCAGUGAUAUUCUGUACAUGGCUGCAUGUGUUUCUGGUGAGACACGGCCUGCAGUGAGUUAAUAAGUUUUGCACACUUUAGUGUAUUUGCAGUGGUGGGUGACAAUGUGAGAGAUCAAUGCAAAUAGGGUGUUGUAGAAAAUGAUGUGCUGCUUAUGAAAAUGACAAUAUGAACUUGUAGGCAGGAAAUGAGAAAGGGGGAGGGGCUGGAUAUGAAAACAUAUUGAGGUCAUCAUUUGUAGAUGAUUUUGGAAACAUUAGAUUAGGUGGAAAUGUUCUAUUUCAGACUAGACUGUACUCGCCCCGGAUGUGAGGGUGUGUGAGGAGGAGUAUAUAAAAGCAAGCUGACCAGCUCACUUCAUCAGUAUCGAGGAUAUCGGUCAUCAUCAUGUUUUCAUUUUUUGUGACAUUUCUUGUGCUCAUUCAAGUCAUUGCUACUUCUGGUAGUCAAAGUGUGUCAGAUGAGAGAAAUCAGCAGACAUGUGUGCUAGCUGGUGUACCUGGAGUACCUGGAUCACCUGGGUUGCAUGGAUCACCUGGACGAGAUGGAAUGAAAGGAGGAAAAGGAAUGAAGGGAGAGAAAGGAUUAGUUGGCGAUGUCGGCAGUAAAGGUAACGCUGGGAAGAUAGGUCCACAAGGAAUAAAAGGAGAACAAGGUAGGAAAGGAGAGAAAGGAAUAAAGGGAGAGAGAGGAUUAGUUGGAGAUGUUGGUGGUAAAGGUAAUGCUGGAGAAAGAGGCCCACAAGGUUCACAAGGUCCACGAGGAAUAAAAGGAGAAACAGGAGGGAAAGGAGAAGCUAUGACACUCAACUGAAAACAGUGUGUGUGGAAUAGAGAGGAUCACAAGGACAUCGGUCUGAUUCAGAACUGUAAUUUUAGGAAACAUGACAGCAAUUCAGCUCUACAUGUUGCAUAUGCAGGAAAUCUCAGGGUUCUAUGCUCCAGUGGUGGUUGCUGUUCUCGGUGGUAUUUUACAUUCAACGGUAACGAGUGCAGUGGACCUAUGACUAUUGAGGGAAUGGUGUUUGGUUAUCCAGCUAAUGAUAAUCCUCAUCAUCACACACAGAUUGAGGGAUACUGUGAGAACAUUCCAGCAGGUCAAGUCACAAUUCGAUUCUACAUUGGAAAGUGUCGGAGAUAUUCGACAUAUGAUGGCAAUACAGGAUGGCGGUCAGUAUCUCGCAUUAUGAUUGCAGAAGUUCCUCCAUCACAAAAGUAACUGAAUUAGAGAGAAAUUAGAACUUGUGUUCAGUAUAGUUUGCAGUAUGUACAGUACGAGGUAGCUGAAGUAGGAGGCUGGAUGGUGCGCGUGCAUGUCUGUCUUUGCCGUAUGUGAGUGUUUGUAUGAUUAAUUCAAUGUGUAGCGGCAACUGACAGUCGAUAUCGUCCAUCAA